CUGCGUGAGGGGACAAUCCAGAGACGGCGCGGAGGUGACUCUGCGUAGCCGAGACUUGGAGGUCUAAUCCCUAAAUUACUCUUCCUACCAAAAUGGCCGAGCAGGCUCACAGGGUGGUCGCAAGUUACAAACCUUCGAAGUUUGACAAAAAAAUCCUUCUCUGGACUGGACGUUUCAAGACAGAAGAAGAGAUUCCUCUGAGGAUCCCGCCAGAGAUGCUAGACAAGGCAAGAAACAAAGCUCGAGUGAAAGCCUGUUACAUCAUGAUAGGGCUCUCAAUUAUUGCCUGUUUUGCGGUGAUUGCUUCAGCUAAGAAGGCUGCUGCACGUCACGAGUCCUUAACGAGCUUAAAUUUGGCAAAGAAGGCCAAGUGGCGGGAGGAGGCUGCACUGGCUGCAGAGGCAAAGACAAAGUAACUUCGCCUGAAAUGCUGAAGGUCCCCGGAAGAGCAAAAUUAACUGCUGCUGAGAGCAACUAGUGAGUUUCACCCCUACAUGAACAACUGUAGUAUCCACACCCUGGAGCCAGUAAGGGCAGCUACAGCACUACAAAAAGAAAGGGAAGGUCUCUUUCAUUAGGAAGAUAUUCAGGAUACUUGUUGCAUAUAAUUAAACCUAUUUAGAAUGUUUUGCAUAUGAUUAAAAGCAGUAAUUCAUCUUAUAGGAGAUGAGGUAGUUUCCUAAGAAUGCCAGUUACCUUUGGUUAGAUAACCACAAAGUAUUUAAACCCAAGAAGUUUUCUCUCUGGUGACAGUGCAGUUAUUCAGUGCACAAACUGCCACUUGGAAUUCAUUGGCAUCAAUGCUGUAUUCAAAAUGGUAUUUACAUUUUUUAGUUUUAAGCAGCAACACUUUUUAGAUCACUAAAUAAAUGCAGCAAACAUCUGUAAAAUAGGUUUUAUUGGUUUCUGUAUGGUAUUUGGAGAUUUAACAUUCCAUAAUAUUGCAUACUACUUAUAUGUGUUCUGUUACAGUAAUGGACCUUUGGCCUGGAUUUAAAGAUGCACUAUUACUAUCUGAAGUUAAUAUGGGUAAUUUAGUUUCCAAGCAUUAUAUGAAGACAUUGUGCCAUAAGUAACUAGAAUUUUUCAUUCCAGAUUUCAGUGAAAUCUUGAGGUCACAGCUUAAGUCAACGUAUCAAUUUGCAGACCUACUACAAAAAUCCUCAGUUGUACAAUUAUAAAUAUAAACCUACUGAGAAUUAACCAUGGAGGAAAGACAAUAGUGCAUCUUUACUACUUUUUUUAAAGACAGGCCCAACACUAAAUAGUUUCCAGUUGCAAACUUGUUCUACAGCAAACAUUUCUGUGCCAACAUUAUUACUGUUUUCUGAUUGCUGCUAGCAACAGUGUGUAAAGCAAAUACUAGAAAAUUAAAAAGCUGUAUGAACCAGUCCUAAGACAAAAGUGCAAUGACGAAAAAAUUAGAUAUGAUUCAGUGUAACAAAAGAAGGGAACUAAUAAAAAAAAUCUUAUGCUCUGCAUAGUUGCAUAGAUUAGCUAGUUAGUAUUCACAUUUAAGCAGAACAAAUGGUACCCUUUUAAUUAAACCCAAACCCCUGUAUUUUUAAACAGACUUUGUAGCUAAUGGGGCACUUCAAAUUGCAUAUAAAACACCAAACUUACAGAGAUUUUCAUAUCACAGUUUUGUUUCUCCCACCAUACUGGCUUCAUCUAUUUAGGUAAUAUCAUCAUAAUCAUAGCCCUACCUGCGAAUGAGUACACUGGAACUGACCUUAAGUCAUAAUCUCUGGUUUUAUUUUGUUCGUUUACGUGCUUUUACCAAAGCAUGACAUAAACUCAGUGAUAAAAUAGGAGAGACCAUCCUGUAUGUAUAUCCUUUAAAGAAUGUUCAUUGUUAUUUUUUAACAAUAUCAGGGUAAACCAAAUGUUGAAUUUAAAGAAGGAUUUUCAUUAUCCUAACUCCAUCAAUUUUAGUUCCCUUUCAAACUGUUCCAUUUAAACAUAUCAGAGGCAUGAAAUAGUUUGUCUAAAUGCAUAAAGUGCAGUCACUAACCAUCUACAAGAUAGAAUAAUAUAUCCACACAACUGAAGACAUUCUUUCAAAACAAAUGUAAUACUUUAGAUGUUCCCUCUUUUCUUCAUUUUCAAGUCUUUCAAUUAAGAUUUUCAUAGUUCAGAUUUGGUUUAAAUAAGAGAGGCAUAUAAAUGUAGUUUUACAGGGUUCUCCAAAUAAAAAGCAGGCACGGCUGGUUAUUAUCAAAACAAGGUUGUUAGAAACAAAGGAAUACCCUGUUACCUGAAUUAUUUUCUUACACUAGAACACAGAAAUUCAGCAUUUGCUUGUAAUCUUGGUAGAUUUCCAUGAUUGUUACCCUGUUCUUUGAUGGGGAGUGGAGAGACCAUGGGAGAGAAUGAAGGUUGGUAUAUGAAAACCUAAAACUAAUAGAGUAAAAAGGGCAUAA